ACACACACCAAGACUGACUGAGAAACAAACAACACAGCAGCAGCAGCAGCAUGGAGGAGGUGUGAGUCUGCUGGGAGACAGGAAACAACAACAACAAUAAUAAGACUAAACAUCCACCCCAAGAAGAUGGAUUCAAACCCGCUGAUAAACGCCAUGGACCCGUCCAUCACGCUGUGGCAGUUCCUGCUCCACCUGCUGGAGGACCAGCGGCAGCGUCACCUGAUCUCCUGGACAGGUGAGGACGGAGAGUUCAAGCUGCUGGAUGCCGAGGAGGUGGCUCGACUGUGGGGGCUCCGCAAGAACAAACACAACAUGAACUACGACAAACUGAGCCGAGCACUCAGAUACUACUACGACAAGAACAUCAUAAAGAAAGUGAGCGGUCAAAAGUUUGUUUACAAGUUCGUCAGUCAGCCCGACCCCUCGCUGCCUGACGGGGUCCGUAACGGGGACGAGAGCCAGAGGAGGGACAACACCGACCCAACGGGCCAAUCAAAAGCCCUCGGGGGCGUGGCCUCGACCUGUCCAUCAAAGGGCUUACCACAGCGCUCGUCGCCCAGCAGCUCCCAGAAAAGCUCCCGUAACGACUACAUGAAGUCCGGCCUCUACUCCACCUUCACCAUCCAAUCACUGCAGGCCUCGCCCAACCCGCGGCCAAUCAAAUCAGAGCUGCUGCUGCAACAAGACCCCGCCUCCUCCAAGGUGGACCACACAACCAGAGAGGUCUGCAUAUUAUCAGAGUCUAAAUCCUCUCCGUCAGUAGAGUCCGCUCCUCUCCAGGUGAUCGUUACUCAUCCGUCUCCGUGUCCGACUCCGGCUCUCAGCCCGCAGAUACCUGCCAGCGCCUCCAGCCAAUCACAGAAUCCUCCUGCUCCUCUGAACGACCCUCCCCAGAUUUAUCUCACCAGCAUCGGGGACCCCUCCUCUCUCAUCCCUCUGGGUCCCGUCGGUGGCUCGGCUCCCGUCCCUCCUCCCCACGUCGCCAUGGUUCCCCAGGGGCCUCAGCAGGACGACUGCGGGGGAGUCACCAACACUGCCAGCUUCCCUCCUCACCCUCACAACGCUCCUCACCCGACUCACCCCUCGCCCCUUUUCGUCAUCAUCAACCCCCCCACUCCUCAGCAGCAACAGCAGGCAUCCCUCAAAGCUGCGCCUCCUUCUGUCGCUGCUGCCUCUGCUCCCCCCCCUUCACGCCCCCCUCCCCCCCCCAUCGUCAUCAAGGAGGAGAACCUGCCAUCGGAGGAGGAGCUGCUGGAGAUGGUGUCUCUGGAGGAGAAACAGGUGGAGGAGGUUCCUCAGCUGAUCUGCGGCUCGGGGGAACCGGAGCCGCCCAUCACCAUCGUGGAGAGCCCGCCUCCUUCCUGCCUGGAGCCCGGGGUCGGAGGUCAGCAGCCUGCAGGAGAGUGGGGAGCGAAGGGGGAGAACAAGGAGGCGCUAACAGUUUCCCACUAACGGCAGUAAUCAGAUCCACAUCCCGGCUCUGAGCGUCGACGGUCUCUCUACGCCGGUGGUUCUGUCUCCCGGCCCUCAGAAGCCCUGA